AUUUGCGCAGCAACCAGGAAGAGAAGGUCGUGAGCAACAUGGCGGCGCUCUGUGUGUUAAAGUCUGUAAGGACAGCGCUCACUGCCGUGCACUGCGCUGUCAACAACACUUUAACACCGCGGUUAUUAAAUGGACCCCAGCUGUCGUUUUUUGGCUGCACGUCGAGUCGUGGUAUCCGGCAAGUUGUGGAAAAGCAAGAGGGGAAAACUACAGUGAUUGAGGGUUUAACAGUGACGACACCCGAGAGCCCGCAACCUCCGAAUCCAACUGCAAAGUGUCCAAUUUACCGCUGGAACCUUCAGAACAAGUACACGUACACAGAUGUUUUAUUACUGAGUCAGUUCAUUCGUUCUGAUGGAGGGAUGCUGCCGAGACGCAUCACUGGCCUCUGUGCUCAGGAACACCGUAAGGUGUUGGUGUGUGUGCAGAUGGCCCAUCGUGCGGGUCUCCUGCCAGACCACAGACCACGUCUUCCUGAAGGCCACGUACCAAAGCCCAAAUCUAACCCACCACUCAACAGGUACCUGACUCGUUACUCUGUGAAAUCGGUGAAGCCCAUCUAUAGGAAAGGAAUGAAGUGGUGUAAGAAUCGUAUGCCUGUGGGACAUCCGGCCCUCAAGGACAACAUCAGAUACAGCCCUAAGCCGCUCUACACAAAGCACUGACGCAUUUUCAGACACAACAAUGAAGGCGUCAGUGUAAGCAGGACAGCUGGAACCUACAGAGAUCUGCACAGUGAUGAUGACUUUUUUUCAUGGCCACGACAUGCUGCUUUUGAUGCUCUGUGACCUGUUU